UUGACUCGUCUUACCAAGUUCGGAAAGUGCACCUACGGAGUCAAGACCGGUCCCCUUCCCGAUGGAACCGAUUGGUCCAAGCUCCCCGCCCCCAUUCUCAAGGAACAGCUUGCCAUGCGCGACGUCAAUGCCGUGGGCAAGAAGAAAGACCUCAUCGAGCGCCUCGAGAACUGGAAGACGUACCAGCAUGAGACCGUCGAUGUCGGCCCCUCCGCCAACUCCGAAGCCUUUGGGCCUAUCGCCUCGACCAAGUCCACCGCGAACCCCAGGGAGACGCGCUUCAUGGUUCCCAUCGACGACAAGAGAUAUGUCAGCGCCGCGAAGAAGGCCAUGAGCGAGACCAUGUGGAUCAUCAAGCAAUCCCCUGGUUUCGGCGACGAGAACAUAUUGAACAUCACCCUCUCGUCUGGCUCGACCUACAACAUCACCAUUGGCAGGAAGACUUCAUGCGACUGCCAGGCUGCUAUGUACAACAAGAGCACCAACUGCAAGCACGUCAUUUAUGUUCUCUUGUACAUGCUGCACGCCCCGGCUGAGCUGCUUCCCCAGAAGACCUUCUUCACCGAGGAGCUCGUCAAGCUGUUCGCCCUCGCCCCCAAGGCCCGUUUCACGCAGGAUGAGAUCGACGCCGACCCCGCGCUCAAGGACGGAGUCCCGAAGUCCAAGGAUGGAAAGGCCUGCCCUGUGUGCUACAAGAACUUCGAGGACAAGGAGACCGUCUGCUGCGGUACUUGCGGCCACCACGUUCACUCCCAGUGCUUCCGUAUCUUUAAGAUGGAGACUGCAGGCUGGGGAACCAAGUGUCCCAUCUGCGAGGCCCCCUGGAAGGCUGGCGCUGUGUCGAAGGCACAGGUCUGA